AUGAAGAAGUAUUUACUAUAUCUGGCACAGUCGCAUCCGAACUUCCGCAAAGCCGAGCUCGAGUCUUUGGCCGACCUAUAUGGGAUCAAAGUUGAUUUAUCAAAUCAUAAUGAGAACAGUCCAUUUAUGAUAGUAGAGCUCGAAAACGAUGAGCAGGCCAAAAAACUGGUGAAGAGGGCGGUGCUAGCAAAAGCCAUAUAUGAGUUAUGGGGACACGGAGAUGAUUUAGAGAAGAUGCACGAGGAUGUUAAAAGGAACAAGGAUAAACUUGUUGGUCGAUUCAAAAAGUCAAGGUUCAAGUUCGUCAUACUUCAGUAUCAGGGGAAAAAGAAGACCAGAAAGCAGCAGACAAAGAUAAUGGAUUCCUUCCAAUAUUUGGGACUGGAAGGGAAGAUCGAUCUCGAGAACCCGGAGGAGAAGUUUACAGUUCUUGAAACUUAUACGAUACAAAAAUCGAACCUAGAACCAAGACCAGAACCUGAUCACUGCUGGUUUGGCAGAUUAGUGCAGCUUUCCGUGCGGUCGGACGGAAUUGUGGACAAGUAUGAGAUUGCAAAAAGACCGUAUUAUGGAACAACAACGUUUGAAUCGGAGCUACGGAGCUUUAUAUAUGAUCCGUUUGUGGGGACGGGGUCGUUUCUUUUGGCUUCUGCAUACUUUGGUGGAUACGCAUUUGGAUCUGAUAUCGACUUUUUGACGCUUAAAGGAGGCCGGCCCGGAAAAAAGAACAUCAAGAACUUGGAAGAUGAUUUUGAGUAUUACGGAACACACGACAAGUUUGGAGACGUGAUAUGUAUGGAUUUUACCAACUGUGCACUCAGGAAAGACAUGAAAAUCGACACGAUAGUGUGCGAUCCGCCGUAUGGAAUCAGGGAAGGUGUAAAGGUGUGUGGAACCACAAACACGACAAGUGCAGAAUUGACAAAAACAACCUUGAUUGAAGGUCAACACGCAUUUCUCCGCAAAGAUUAUGUGCAGCCGAAAAAAAGCGUAAGUCUUGACUUUAUGCUUGAUGAUCUUUUGCAGUUUGCAGCCGAUAGACUUCCAGUUGGUGGCAGAUUAUGUUUUUGGAUGCCAGCUGCCAAUGAUGCUGAUAUUCCCACCCUAAUCCCACAGCAUCAAAGAUUAGAGCUGAUACACACUUUGGUUCAGCAGUUCAACAAGUGGUCUAGAAGGUUGCUUGUUUAUGUGAAAAGGGAUGAGCAUUAUAAGGGGAAAACAGUCACUGGAGAGGAAAGAGCGCAUAAAAACAAUUUCAGGGAGCGGUACUUUUCGCAAUUCUCGUAA